UCACUGUCAAGUAUUCACUAGAAAAUGCCCCUUUAUAAGUGAAGAGGGCAACCUUUAUUUCUCUUGCAUUGGAAAAGGCCAAGUUGAAGUCAUCCAUGUAACCAUUUCCUCAGCCAAUAAAUUCCAAGCUACUCCAGUUAAUUUGACGACUGGCAACGCAAAUGGAGGCGGAGAGUUGUCUAUCGGAGGACAAGUCCCACUUACUGACCUACUCAGAAGUUUAAAUAAACAAGGUUGGCACUUGAUAAAGUCACUUGGUGUUAUCUUUUCUACAACCAACAUGAAGAAGAAAAUUGGGAUUAUCGGUGCUGGAAUCAGUGGCCUACUUGCAUGCAAAUACGCAAUGCAGAAGGGUUUCAACCCUAUGGUAUUUGAAGCUCGGAAUUGCAUAGGAGGGGUUUGGUGUCAAACUAUAGAGUCUACCAAGCUUCAAACUCCCAAAAAAUUUUACCAUUUCUCGGAUUUUGCUUGGCCGUCUUCUGUUAAAGAGCAUUUCCCUGACCACAACCAGGUGAUGGAGUACCUCCAAGCUUAUGCUGUUCAUUUUAACAUACUUAAAAGGAUCAAAUUUAACUCCCGAGUUACCUGCAUUGACUUUGUUACACCAUCUAAUGAGGAUAUGCUCUCUUGGAAUUUGUGGGGUGGCACCGGUACCGCCAUCUCCCCCAUCGGGAAAUGGGAUAUUACUGUGCAGGACGUUCGAGAUGCAUGUGCCCCAGUAGAGGUGUACCAACUGGAUUUUGUGAUCCUUUGCAUUGGAAGGUACAGUGACCUACCAAAUAUACCAAAUUUUCCCAUCAACAAAGGGCCUGAAGUGUUUGGCGGUCAAGUCUUACACUCCAUGGAUUUUGCUGCUAUGGACAAUGAUUGUGCUGCUGAGUUCAUAGAAAACAAGCGAGUUACAGUAAUUGGCUUUCAGAAAUCAGCGGUGGACGUCGCAGCAGAAAUUGCUAGUAGAAAUGGGGUGGAGCACCCAUGUAUGCUGGUAUUCAAAACGGUGCACUGGACAGUUCCUGAGCACUUACUCCUGCUCACUUUCGGAGGUUUAACUCGCUUUUCAGAAUUAAUGGUUCACAAGCCUGGUGAAGGAUUCUUCACUUGGAUCUUAGCCACCUUGCUUUCACCUCUGCUCUGGAUAUUUUCAAAAUUAAUCGAGUGCUAUCUCAAGUGGAUAUACCCAUUGAAGAAAUACAAUAUGAUCCCUGCCCAUGGGUUCCUCAAACAGAUCUCCUCAUGCAUGUUCACGGUUUUGCCAGAUAAUUUUUAUGGCAAAGUGAAAGAAGGAAGCCUUAUCCUGAAGAAAUCAGAAAGCUUCUGCUUUAAUGAAAAGGGUUUAGUUAUAGAAGGUGAGAGAAGCCCUAUGGAAACAGACAUUGUUAUCUUUGCAACAGGAUAUAAAAGUGAUGAAAAGAUCAAGAACAUUUUCAAAUCAAACUACUUCCAGAAUUGCAUUACUGGGUCAUCAGCCCCCUUCUACAGGGAGUGCAUUCAUCCUCGAAUCCCACAGCUAGCUAUACUUGGAUAUGCAGAUAGUCCUGCAACUUUACAUACCACAGAAAUGAGAAGCAAGUGGCUGGCACAUUUUCUUGCUGGAAAAUUUACGUUACCAACCAUAAGUGAAAUGGAAGCUGAUGUGAAAAAAUGGGAAGAAUGUAUGAAGUAUUAUGCUAAAGAGAGCUACAGAAGAUCAUGCAUCAGUGUGCUGCUGCAAAUCCACUGCAACGAUCAGUUGUGCAAGGACAUGGGAUACAAUCCAAUAAGGAAACAUUGUUAUCUUGCUGAACUGUUUUCGCCUUAUGGUCCUAAUGAUUAUAAAUACCUAGCUUACCAGUAAAAUUUCAAUUCCUUGGAAGUUCUUAUUUUUAUCAGAAAGAUUGGCUUUUUCUUUUCCUAUAUUCUUUGUUACACAUUGAUAAGGGUUGUCAUCGUUAGACUUAAAUUACCUCAAUUUACAUUUUGAAAUUGCAAGAAAAAAAUAUGAUUAUUUAUAUUA